AUGGAAGAAGUAAAGGUAUCAUUUCACAAGCACCCUCUGAGGUCUUUUACACGCUUUGCUCUUGGUCAGUGUAAGGUGUGCGAAUAUCCUCAUCGUGGUAGUAUAGACCGCCGCUUGUUCGGUCGUGAACACGGUUACAUAUACGGAGGGUACCGAUGCAAUGAGCAGGGGUGUGAUGAUGCUGUGUUCCAUAAAGACUGCGCCAAGCCCUUGCAAGAAAUCAACCAUUCUUCCCAUCCCGACCAUCCUCUCAAGUUCAUCCAACACAGCAUUUCAUGGUGUGAUUUAUGUUCAGCUCAGUUCAAAGCUGGUUACCGUUGUUCAAUAUGUGAUUUCAGGUUGGAUCUGUGGUGUGCCAAGAGACCAUCGCCACUUGUUAUUCCUGAAAACCCCUAUGGACACGAGCAUCAGCUCGAACUCAAACUGAAGAGAACAUUCACACUUGCUCACAAGCAUCCACCCGAACUCGCCCGCUGCAAGGCGUGUAGCUACGCAGUUCUUGACGGGCAACAAUGCUAUGGAUGCAACCAGUGCGAGUUUUUCAUCCAUCUGGUUUGUGUCCAUCUGAGUCACACCACUUACCACCCUCAACACCCACUCAAGUUCAUUGGAAGCGAGGCAGCGCCGGAUUACGCCGACGAGAAAUGCCUUCUUUGCGCGUCAACCUUUAUCCGGCCACCGCGACUUCACCACUGUGAUGUUUGUAACGUCAGCAUAUGCGACAAAUGUGUGACAAACCCACCGCCGGUUUCUGUUGUAAGCCCGACGACACACGAACAUCGGCUUCACCUUGUUCCAAGAUGCAUCGCUUUCACUUGCAAUGCUUGUGGGACGCUGGGUGACAGACGCCCUUAUUUCUGUCUUGCAUGCAACUUCAUGAUUCACAGGGAGUGUAUUGAUCUACCACGCGUCAUAAACAUCAACCGCCAUGAUCAUCGUAUCUCUUACACCCCUCGCCUUGGACACGGAGACUGGAAAUGCGGAGUUUGCCGUAAAAAAGUGGAUGGGUUCUACGGAGCUUACGCCUGCUCCAGAUGUCCUAGUUAUGUUGUUCAUUCAAUAUGCGCGACGAGAAGAGAUGUUUGGGACAUGGUUGAACUAGAAGGGACACCCGAAGAAGAGAUAGUUGAGCCAUUCGAGGUGAUUGAUGGUAACACAAUAAAACAUUUCAGCCAUGAUCAUAACUUAGGAAUCAACAAGGAUGUCCAGAUUCUACUACACGAAAGCAUAGUCUGUGAGGCAUGUGUCUUCCAGAUUGGUUCAGAACCGUUCUACAGUUGUGAGCAAUGCGAUUUCUUUCUCCACAGAAAAUGUGCUAACCUUCCACGGAAAACACGUCAUGUGUGCCACAACCAACCAUUCACACUACGCAUAGAUUCUCACCGCAAAGUGUCAAGAUGUAUUCUUUGUCGUCAAGAUUUCACUGGUUUCAGGUACGAGACUAGUAGUCAUAGGAUUCUAGAUGUACGAUGCGGUUCGAUUUCAGAACCUUAUGUGCACAAAAGCCAUCAGCACCCUUUAUACUACUCUAGCUAUGGCUUCUCCGCCUAUUAUGUUCUGUAUGAGGACAUAGGAAAAUUUUGCUGCGAUGAGUGUGACUUCACUGUGUACUACGACUACGCUGCUUUACCGGAAAAGGUAAUGAGGCAUAGGUACGACGAUCAUCCUCUCUGUUUGUGUUAUGGUGAAAGCAGUGUGGAUGGAGAAUAUUGGUGCGAAGCAUGUGAAACCAAAGUGAAUCCAAAGAAAUGGUUUUAUACAUGCAAUGAUUGUGGGGUUGUGUUGCAUAUUUCCUGCGUUGUGGGAGACUUAUCAUACUGUAUGCCAGUUACCUCAUAUGGUGAUGAUGUGGAUUCAGUAACAAGUUCGGGUGAGGAAGUUAGGAAAAUGGUAUUGAGCACCUCUAUGUGUAGAGCAUUAGUUGCCUCAUUUGGUGAUGAUGUAACAAGUUGGUGUGAUGAAGUUGAGGAAGUCGAUCCAGCAACAAGUUCGGGUGAGGAUAGUGAGAAAGUGGUAUCCAACACCUCUAUCUGCACUGAUGUGGAUUCAGUAACAGGUUCGGGUGAGGAUGGUGAGAAAGUGGUAUCCAACACCUCUGUCUGUAGAGCAGUAUGCUCUGAGUGUAACUCUCGAUGCAUGCUCCCUUCCAUUCUUAAGGUUUCCAAGGCCGGAGUUGUUGUAUACUUUUGCUCUUUCCAUUGUUAUAAGCAGUCAAGGAAGACAGCGACAACAUCUGAGAGUACAUCUGAGAGUGAUUAA